GCACACCCGGACACUUGACGUAAGGUCUUAUUUCUCUGGCUUGUGGAAGUGGAAGAAGUUGAGUCUCAUCUGUGACCGGCGCCUCCUCCUCUCAGCCGCUACCGAGGACCCGGGACGGACUCCCGGCGGAGACUCGCUGCAAGGAGGACGCUGUAAGGAGUCCGAGCCCACCACCGAUGCCUGAGCCCCUUGGGAAAUCCAAUCGGAUCACCGCUGUGCGAGCGUCCCCAGGAUUCGGCACCGCCCGAGGCCGUGUCCGCGUGAACCCGCAGCCAUGGCCCCACCGAGCGCUGAGCGGUCCCACUGCUAGGCAACGGGGCGCCUGAGAGGCAGGAGACAUGUUGGGACAGACACCCGGUGACCACUGCACUGAAUUCUGUUACUAUAGCAACUACUGUAGUAACCAUGGAAAUGCUAUGGAGGACCAGUCUGGUCUGCACUGUCAUCGUCGUCAUGGCUGCCAGCGAGGUCGCUGGAGGUCACGCCGAUGACUUGGCUCAAACACAAGCUGCCUUCCUGUCCAGUUUAGACCAAUAUGAGAUUGCCAUCCCAGUGCAAAUGGGACCUAAUGGCGAGACACUGGAUGCAGAAACACCUCAACGCCACAGACGAAGGCGCAGCACUGAAGACCGUCCGAAAGACUCACUCUUUUACCAAGUCUCCACGUCGCGUCACAACUUCGUGUUGAACCUGACGCUGCAGGGAGCCCUGCUGUCCCGGCAGUUCAGGGUGGAGUACUGGAAGAGGGGCCGCUUGGCCUGGAGCCACCCCUACUCCCCCCACUGCCACUACGCGGGACACCUCCAGGACCGGCCGCACUCCAGCAAGGUGGCGCUGAGCAACUGUAACGGCCUGAAGGGGGUGAUUGUUGCAGGGGGAGAGGAGUACCUGAUUGAACCCCUUGUCUCACCAGAUAACCAGACCAGAACAGAGAGCGGGGAGAGAGCAGAGGGGCGCCCCCAUGUGGUUUACAAGCGGUCGUCUCUCCGCCAUCAGUACAAGGGCCAGUCCUGUGGCGUCAUUGACGAGAAGCCGCUGAAGGGCGCGUCGUGGUGGCAGCGCACGCUGAAGACGCCGCCGCACCACGUGGGCCGCGGGCAGCUGCCCCUGAAGCGCUCCGUGAGCCGCGAGCGCUACGUGGAGACACUGGUGGUGGCCGACAAGAUGAUGGUGGGUUACCACGGCCGCAGGGACAUCGAGCAGUACAUCCUCGCCCUCAUGAAUAUUGUUGCCAAACUGUUCCAGGAUUCUAGCCUGGGGAACGCAGUCAACAUAGUGGUGACGCGGCUCAUCCUGCUCAUGGAGGACCAGCCGACACUGGAGAUCAAUCACCACGCGGGGAAGUCUCUAGACAGCUUCUGCAAAUGGCAGAAAACCAUCCAGCACCGCAGCAGCUAUGGGAACGCCAUCCCGGACAACGGCAUCGCUCACCACGACACGGCCGUGCUCAUCACCAGGUACGACAUCUGCAUCCAAAAGAACAAGCCGUGUGAAACUCUAGGUCUGGCUCCUGUCGGUGGGAUGUGUGAGCCUGAGCGGAGCUGCAGCAUAAACGAGGACAUCGGUCUAGGAACAGCUUUUACUAUCGCUCACGAAAUCGGACACACGUUCGGGAUGAACCACGAUGGGAUGGGGAAUGCCUGCGGUCCCCGCAGCCAGGAGACCGCCAAGCUGAUGGCUGACCACAUCACCAUGAAGACCAACCCGUUCAUCUGGUCGGCCUGUAGCCGGGAUUACAUCACCAGCUUCCUGGACUCUGGCAUGGGCUCCUGUCUAAACAACGUCCCUCCCAAGCAGGAGUUUGUGUAUCCCACCACGGCCCCGGGUCAGGCUUACGAUGCCGACGACCAGUGUCGCUUCCAGUACGGCAUGCGCUCUCGACAGUGUAAAUACGCGGAAGUCUGCAGCGAGCUGUGGUGCAUGAGUAAGAGCAACCGUUGCAUCACCAGCAGCAUUCCCGCCGCCGAAGGAACCAUCUGCCAGACCAACACCAUAGAGAAAGGCUGGUGCUACAAGAGGAUGUGUGUGGCGUACGGGACGCGUCCGGCCGGCGUGGACGGAGGCUGGGGGCUGUGGUCGCCCUGGGACGAGUGCAGCCGGACCUGCGGGGGGGGCGUCACCUCGUCCACCAGGCACUGCGAUAGUCCCAGGCCAACCAUCGGUGGAAAAUAUUGUCUAGGGGAGAGAAAGCGCUUCAGGUCCUGCAAUAUUGACGAGUGUCCCGCAGGCUCCCGGGAUUUCCGAGAGAUCCAGUGCUCCGACUUUGACAGCGUUCCCUUCCGUGGAAAGUUUUACACCUGGAAGCCGUACAGAGGGGGUGGAGUGAAGCCCUGCUCCCUCAACUGCCUGGCCGAAGGCUUCAACUUCUACACGGAGCGCUCCCCUGCUGUGAUCGACGGGACGCCGUGUCGGGACGACUCGCUGGACGUGUGUGUCAUCGGCGAGUGUAAGCACGUGGGUUGCGACCGCGUCCUCGGCUCCGACGUCCGCGAGGACCGCUGCCGGGUGUGUGGGGGCGAUGGAAGCAGCUGCGUGUCCGUGGAGGGCGUCUUCAACGACUCGCUGCCGGAAGGAGGCUACGAAGAGGUGAUCAGAAUCCCCAAAGGAUCCGUGUUCAUCCACAUACAGGAGCUCAACAUCUCCCUCAACUACCUUGUGCUAAAGAGUAAAGGCGAUCAGUACUUUGUCAAUGGGAAGCUGACCAUUGACAGCCCUCGCCGAUUCGACAUCGCUGGCACCACGUUCCACUACAGGCGACCCACCGAUGGGCCGGAAACCCUGGAAGCUCUGGGGCCGACGAACAUGACUCUCAUUGUGAUGGUGCUGGUGAGGGAGGAAAACCCAGGGAUCCACUAUCGCUUCAACAACCCGGUCAACAGGGAUCCACUGACGGGCUUUGCCUGGCACUACAGCUCCUGGUCCCGGUGCUCAGCUCUGUGCGCUGGAGGCGUGCAGGUCCAGCAGGUGAUGUGCAAGAAGCAGGCCGACCAUUCUGUUGUCUACAACCACUUCUGCGACAAGCGGAACAAGCCCAAAGAGAAGAGGAGGUCCUGCAACACUGAGCCGUGCUCCCCGACCUGGUGGACGGGAGGGUGGUCCGAGUGCAGCCGCAGUUGCAACGGGGGCCUGCGGACGCGCGAGGUCCUGUGCAAACGGAGGAUCUCGCCGGCGGAGGAGAAGGUGCUGGACGACUCGGCGUGCGCCUCCCCGCACCCCUCGCUCACUGAGCCCUGCAGCAACGACAGCUGCCCCCCCGAGUGGCUGGCGCUGGACUGGUCGGAGUGCACGCCCGGCUGUGGUCCUGGAUACAGGCACCGCGUGGUCCUGUGUAAGAGCGGGGAGAGUGGCGACACGCUGCCAGAGUCCAAGUGCCCCAAGAACGGCCGGCCCACCUCCAGAGUGCGCUGUAACCUGCAGCGCUGCCCCCCUCCUCAGUGGGUGACCGGACCCUGGGGGGAGUGUUCUGCCAAGUGCGGCCUGGGUCAGGAGAUGCGUUCGGUGCAGUGUCUGACCCACACCGGCCUCCAGUCCAACGAGUGCCUGGACCACCAGCGGCCGGCGGCCAUGCAGCAGUGCAAGAGCAAAUGUGACCUCAACCUGCCCAUCAGUACGGACAACCCCGAAGAGUGUAAAGAUGUGAACACUGUGGCCUACUGCCCCCUGGUGCUCAGGUUCAAGUUCUGCAGCCGCCCGUAUUUCAGACAAAUGUGCUGCAAGACGUGCCAGGGGCACUGAGCGCGCACGCGACCCCUCCCACUGAGCCUCGUAGCAGCCGCCCUCACGCCGCCUCCGCAGGAGUCCUACCUGCGGCGCUGCCGGACUCGCGUCGGACCCUUCCCACCCGGGCCGGAGUCCAGACGCGGCGCCUCCCCGGGGCCGAGCGGGGCCCGAAAGCGGCCCGAGCUGAGUUUCUACAUUCCACUGGAGGGAGGCUGCUGAGCCGGAGAGGCAGAGAGCAGCUCUGUCUCCACAACAACAUUUGGUGCUACUAUACUUCACUUUGGCCACAGGACUGGUCGCUGUACUUACACCUGUAUGUUAAGAGGUGAUGUGUGUUUAGUUAGGGCCUUUAAAAGCAUCUGCUUUGUAAAGAAAACGUAUCAUUGUCCAUGAAAAGUAUUAUCGUAUAUAAUGAAAUGAAAUAUUUGUUCCUACGUUAUCUGAUAGUUACUUGAUCACAUUGUUUUCUGUUCUCGCUAUGGUUUCGGUGGUUUCAUCAAGUCCUCGCUGUGUGUGUGUGUGUGUGUGUGUGUGUGUGUGUGUGUGUGUGUGUGUGUGUGUGUGUGUGUGUGUGUGUGUGUGUGUGUGUGUGUGUGCGUGUGCGCGCCGUGUGUGUGUGUGCGUGCGUGCACGUGCGUGUGUGCGUGUGCGUGUGUGUGCGUGCGUGUGUGUGCGUGUGUGUGUGCGCGCCGUGUGCGUGUGUGCGUGUGUGUGUGCGCGCCGUGUGCGUGUGUGUGUGUGCACGUGUGUGUGCGCGUGUGCGUGUGUAUGUGCGCGCCGUGUGUGUGCGCGUGCGUGUGUGUUCAUGGGAUUUGACUUGACUCCUCUCGUGGAAGCUGUCCUGCCGUCAUCUUGCCUCCUCGGUUCGUUCUACGUGGAACCGACACCCGUUCGGCCGCGUUUUGACGCCGCCGCCUCGCUCUCAGUCGUGGUGUUACGUUACCGCUCCCCUUGAGGGAGAACGCUCUGCCAGCGAGGCGUGACAACAUCUGACCGCACCGCGUUCAAAGACCCCUUCAUAGGCAGAAUGCAAAUCUGGGAUGGAUUUAUGCUCAAGUAAAACAUCUUUGUAGCACGGACUUGAUUUAUUCAUGCCGUGUGUGAGCUUUUCUGAAUUCAAGAUAAUUUAAACAGAUGCUUUUCUUUGUUCAUGUCCAUAGUGAUAAUAGUUCAGUAUUCACUUAAUUUUAGUUGAGUUUUUGCUCUGUUUUUCACCCCCAAGGGAAAUAUUUUGUCUUAUUAAUAUGGUGCUGAGCAGCAAGUUGUGGGCCACAGUUUAAAAUUCACCGUCAGUGUAAUUUCGAGCUGCAGAGUUUGUCUUCACAUCAUCGUCCUCUGAUUCACUGUUGGUUGUGAAACUUCGGGGCGCUGUAGUGGCUGGAUUCUGCGUCAUCAGAAGCGGGAACCCGGGACCUCCAUCAAUGCUCGGUUUGCAACCUGGACUCUGUGUGUGACUCUAUUCUAGGACGGCGAAGUGACUGCACAGCAGAUUCCUGGUGAAUCGGACCCUGACGCCUGAUUCACCGCCGCGCGGCACCGAUUUCACUGAAGGCGUGGACGAAUGCGUGUUUAAAGCUGCCGUUUCAGCUGUUUCUCGGCCGUUUGCAGAGUAUUUUUAGAGAUGCUCCCAGAGAGACUCAGAUAUCAGUCAUCCGCUCUGGUGGCAUCACUAUGACUCUGCCCUGUUCUCGGUGGUUUGCUGCUGCCUCUCACAUGUUCACCACAAAUCGCUUCAUUGUACAGAGGAGAGGCUCCAGUUUCUCUCUAUGGCAGUAAGCUGCAAAAAGUUUGUUUUUUCUUGUGGUGCUUUGGUUUGGAUUGGUGCCAUUGUUUCACUGGUGUCGUGACUGUGUCCGAUAUUUUAUUUAAUCAACUGUCACCUGGAUUCAGUGCCCUUAAAACCCAGCAACACAUCGUUUUGGAUUGUGACAUGACACGCUGCAAAAUACGCUACAAAUUUGGGCAUUCAGUAUAACGUUAGAGGCAUUAGAACCAAUUUUCUAUCGAGUAGUGUUUGUGUGGGGCUCAUAAAGACGUUAGGUUCUCCAGAAAUCCGUCCACAUGCAACAUAGAGACUGUUUAUAUGAAACUGAGCGCUGAGGUUGAUGUCACAUUUACAGUCUUCCUACAGCUUUUCAUUGCUAAUAACUAUUUAUAAAAUUUUGUUGCACAUACUGUCACACAUUGUAGACAACCCUGUCAUUUUACAGAAUAUUUGUCCAUCGUUCUGUUUUCACUGUCUCACACUGAGGAGUGAAGCUGUUUUACCUGAGUAAAAAAGAUGGACGUACUCUUGUUCACAUGCUAAAUAUGAGAUUUAAUGUACUGUAUGCCAAGACUGUGGAAGAUGCAUCAAUUUCUCCCCCAUGUACAUCUUUUAACAAUAUAUAUUAAAUUGAUUUAACAUGGUG